AUGAGAACUUUUGAAAAGGUGAUUGUUGUUGACGCUAAGGGUCACCUUCUCGGGCGUUUGGCAUCUAUUGUGGCAAAACAGAUUUUAACUGGCCAAAAGAUAGUCAUUGUACGUGCUGAGGAGCGUAUGAUUGUCAAUCCUGCGCGUGGUCCUUUCCACUUCCGUGCACCAUCCAAGAUCAUUUUUAAAACUAUUCGUGGUAUGGUUCCGCAUAAGACUCCACGUGGUGCUGCUGCUCUAGGUCGCCUCAAGAUUUUUGAAGGAAUACCACCUCCAUAUGACAAACAAAAACGUAUGGUUAUUCCUGCUGCAUUAAAAGUUUUGCGUCUUAAGCCUGGUCGCAAAUAUACCACAAUUUCUCGUCUUUCCUCUGAAGUCGGUUGGAAAUACAAGGAUAUUGUUAAAAAACUUGAGGAUAGACGUAAAGAGAAGAGUAAGGAAUUCUAUGAACGUAAGAAGAAACAAGCUAG